AUGGGCGUGGAUAGCAUACCACCGCGGCCUACAUUGCAGCUGGAAGCAGGCUCGGGGGAUGGUCCAGGUCCUCCGAUGAACAACAACGCUGACGGCGCCGUGGCCAGUCCCCCCAGAGAUGACAACCACAACCCAGACCCAACCACGCCGAGAGCCACGCAAAUUACACCCUCAGUUAUUCGGUCCACUAAUAAAUCAAGAUAUUUGGCCUUCGUGCCAAAACAACACAAUAAAACUGACAAACUCACGGACAAUGCGCUAGAAUUAAGGAAGAACUUCAUGUCUAGCCUUGGAAAAGUACUGAAACUAUACGGCGACCGGCUAUCAGAAUGGGAAAGGACGGAGGUGCGAAAAUAUCCAGAAAUAUGGUUCCUGGGACUAGAGGCGAAUAAAGUCCAGGCGAGAUCCAACCUGCCCAAUAAUUGUGGUUUUGAUGAUGAAAACGGCAGUUACAAUAAACAAAUCCAUGAUCACAUAGCCUAUCGAUACGAAAUUCUAGAAGUGAUCGGGAAGGGUUCAUUCGGACAAGUAAUAAGAGCAUUGGAUUACCGUACGGGAAACCAGGUCGCGAUUAAAAUCAUCAGAAACAAGAAACGGUUCCAUCAUCAGGCCCUCGUGGAAGUGAGGGUUCUGGAUCAUUUGCGGUUAAAGGACAAAGACCAAUCGCACAACGUCAUCCACAUGCUGGACUACUUCUACUUCAGAAACCAUUUGUGUAUAAGCUUCGAACUCAUGAGCAUUAAUCUGUACGAGCUGAUCAAGAAGAACAACUACCAGGGGUUCAGUCUGAGUCUCAUCAGACGGUUCGCCAACUCUCUGCUUCGCUGUCUCCGGUUACUGGAGGCUGAGAACAUCAUUCAUUGCGAUUUGAAACCUGAGAACAUUCUGCUGAAGGCUCGAGGCAGUUCCUCCAUCAAGGUCAUAGAUUUCGGUAGUUCAUGUUACACGCACGAGCGAGUCUACACCUACAUACAGUCCCGCUUCUACCGCAGCCCUGAGGUCAUUCUGGGACUGCAAUACGGAACCCCUAUUGAUAUGUGGAGCAUGGGUUGUAUCCUCGCCGAGCUCCGCACGGGGUAUCCAUUAUUUCCUGGAGAGAAUGAGACGGAACAGCUGGCCUGCAUCAUGGAACUGCUGGGGCCGCCUCCACCCGACCUGCUUCUACACGCCACAAGGAAACGUCUGUUCUUUGAUUCUAAAGGCUGUCCUCGCUCGGUGACCAACUCCAAAGGUCGUAAGCGUCGUCCAGGGUCCCGAGCAUUGGCUGCUGCUGUCCGUUCAGACGACCCCGCAUUUCUGCACUUCCUUCAUCGAUGUCUUGAGUGGGAUCCAAAGAGACGUAUUACGCCCACAGAGGCUUCUCGUCAUGAGUUUGUAAUGGGGUGUGCUUUGGGCAGUACUCCGUCGGGAGUGUUGGCUCUGCCUCGUCUCCCGCCGCCCAGACCAGCUCGAACAGCUCUCCUCCACUCACAGUCAGCCGGCGACGUGGCCGCCAUGUUAGGGCGAGCGUGA